AUGGCCCUCUUCGUCCCCGGAAUCAGGAGGGCGGCCCUCAAGGCGCCGUCCCAGUUCUUCGUCUGCAACCAAUGCCUGCGCCAGGCGCCGCGGCGCGCCUCGCCGUCCAGCAUCCUCAAUGUCGUACGAUCGCGCGGGUUCGCGGACGCGAAGACCGUCUCGCCGCUGGGCAGCAUGGCGGACCAAAUGGCCGCUCGGUCUUCGCCCCAGGCCGCGCAGGAGCUUGCCAAGAGCGCGUGGCCCAAGACGACGUCCAAGGGCGUGGCGUAUUGGCUCCUCGGGAGCGCUGCCAGUGUCUUUGGCAUCGUCGUGUUUGGCGGAUUGACUAGGUUGACCGAGUCUGGUCUGAGUAUAACGGAAUGGAGACCAGUGACGGGCUCGCUGCCGCCCAUGUCCGCCGCCGACUGGGAGUCCGAAUUCGAAAAGUACCGCGCCUCGCCCGAGUUCAAGCUCCUCAACCCGCACAUGACGCUCUCCGAGUUCAAGAAGAUCUACUUCAUGGAGUGGACGCACCGGCUCUGGGGCCGCUUCAUCGGCAUGUCCUUCGUCCUGCCUACGCUGUACCUGAUUGCGCGCCGCCGCGUCACUCCCAAGAUGGCCGUCAACCUGCUGGGCAUCUCGGGCCUGAUCGGCUUCCAGGGCUUCAUCGGCUGGUGGAUGGUCAAGUCCGGCCUCAAGGACGACCUCUUCGCCCCCGGCUCGCACCCACGCGUCUCGCAGUACCGCCUCACGGCGCAUCUGGCCACGGCGUUUGUGUGCUACUCGUGGAUGCUGCUCUCUGGCCUCGCCGUCCUGCGCACGCACCGCAUGCUUGCCGAUCCUAAAGCCGGCAUGAGUGUCCUCCAGGCCCUCAAGAACCCGGCCCUCAACGCCUUCCGCCGCUCCGUCUUCGGCGUCGCCGCCCUCGUCUUCGUCACGGCCAUGUCCGGUGGCCUCGUUGCCGGCCUUGAUGCCGGGCUCAUCUACAACGAGUUCCCCAAGAUGGGCCUCGGCCUGACGCCGCCCCGGUCCGAGCUCUGGGACAAGUUCUACUCGCGCCGCGAGGACAACUCGGACCUGUGGUGGCGCAACAUGCUCGAGAACCCCAGCACCGUGCAGCUGGACCACCGCAUCCUCGCCGUCAGCACCUUCUGCACCAUCCUCGCCCUCUUCGCCUACUCGCGCACCGGCCGCGUCGCCGCCGUGCUGCCCAGGAACGCCAAGAAGGGCACCAUGGGCCUGGUCCACCUCGUAACGCUGCAGGCCGCCCUCGGCAUCUCGACGCUCAUUUACAUGGUUCCCAUCUCGCUGGCCGCGGUCCACCAGGCAGGUGCCCUGAUGGUCCUCACGGGGGCGCUCGUGCUGUCACAUCGUCUGCAUAUCCCGAAGCCGACGGUGCGGAUGCUGGAACAGCGGUUGAAGCAGCUUCAGAAGUGA